AUGCGUACUUCCUCGCUGCUCCUCAGCCUUGUGGCUUGCGCCAACCUGGGUCUCGCCUUUCCCCUGGAAGGCCGUGCACUCGAGGAGGCGAAGCGUGCUGCAAUUGCAGAGCCCGCCACUGCGUACACCGUGAGGGGUAUCAACAAGCGCGAGGCCGAAACGGAGGAGAAGCGUGAGCCUGCCACGGCCUACUUCAUCCAUUCCGUUGACAAGCGCGAGGCGGAGGCAGAGGAGAAGCGUGAGCCCGAGACUGCGUACACGGUUCGCGGCUUGAACAAGC